UCCCAUGAGAUGAAUGGGUCUUGUUACUGGUCACUGUGCAUCUAUGCUGGCAACAGCAGGAGGGGGGUGGGGGGUGAAGCUGUCCUCCAUCAAUGAGCCUGUUGAUCAGAAAAGACCACUAGACUGGUAAUGACACGGUUCACUCAUCACACCAGGAGAAAAUAAAACUCGGCUUUCACCUCCGUUCCUAUUUAAGCAGUGUUCGCACUGUUCUUCAGUCUACCUCAGAUACUGACACCUGUCUGGAUUCCUCGGGCUGCUACGAUCCACGAUGAUUUGGGCUGCUGCUCUCCUGAUGAUUGUUGUUUCACACGUAAAUUCAGAUCCUUAUGCAUGGGGAGACAUGUUCCCAUCUUGUCACCCCUUACUUGAAGAGCAUCACUCCCCAAUCAAUCUGGACCAGCAGAUAACCAGAAACGAGUCUCUGGGAUCUUUACGUCUGGAGGGCUUCGAUGUGAUCCAAACAGGCCACUGGACGCUCGAAAACGAUGGACACUCUGUCGUGCUGCAGGUUGGCAGUGGCAUGUCGGUGAGCGGUGGAGGUCUUCCAGAUGUGUACCACACCAUCCAGCUGCACUUCCACUGGGGAGGCCCGGCCACUAACGGCUCGGAGCACACGGUGGACAGACGCAGAUACCCGAUGGAGAUGCACAUAGUCAACAUGAAGUCCAUCCAUCCGAAUAUGACAGCGGCGUUGGAUGAUCCAACGGGACUUGCUGUCCUUGGAUUCUUUAUUGAUGUUGUUUACGCAGACAAUGUGCACUUUGGACUCAUAUCACAAAAGCUGUCCUCUGUUGCUUACAAAGGCCAAAUUACUAAAGUCAAGCCAUUUCCGCUGAUGAGCCUUCUGCCGAAGCACAACAUGAGUCAGUAUUACCGUUAUUACGGCAGCCUCACCACCCCUCCAUGUUCUCAAGUGGUUGUAUGGACUCUGUAUGAAGUCCCCAUCUACAUAUCAUGGUCCCAACUGGCUCAGUUUACCUCACAGAUCUUCUCCACUGAGGAUGAUGCAGAGCAGGUGACACCUCUGCAGAACAACUUCAGACACAUCCACCCCACCUUCAGUCGCGUCGUCUCUAUGUCCAAAGAUGCCAAACUCCUUGCAGGGGCGGCCGGUCACCCCCCCAGGUCAGCGGUGUCACUGCAUCUGCUUCAAAUCCUUUUGCUGGGAAGCUUCAUCUCUGGACUUUAGUGCUGCGUUAAGUCCAAAUCAUGAAACACUGCAAUGCCAAACAAAAAUGAAGUCAUGUUUUUACCACUCAGUUUACUCCAAAAUGACAUUUAGAUGUAGAGUUUUCACAUCUGUAGAAUGCUCCAGCAAAGAAAAAAUAUUAAAAAACAAACUGUGAAGAAGAGUACUGUAAAAUGUUGAAUUGUUACUAAAUGUCUCUGCAGGAUUAACUCCAUUAGUGCAUUUAAAAAUUUGAUAAAACUAUGUUUCCUUACUAACAGUUUAAAAUAAUGUGAAUUGAGCAAUGGUAGCAAAGAAAUGUGUUUUAUGAUGGCGGCCAUGUAUGCAUUGAUGACUGCAGGCCUUUUGCACUCAUAGCUUGUUCUUGAAAAGGUACAAUCCUAACAGAAAUAGUCUUUUUAUUCAGAUAUGUUUGUAUAUCCACAAAUAAUAAAGUUUAAGAGUGAUAAUAGUAAAAGACAAAAGAUACAUUUAGUCUAACUGAAAAGUUAAGAGUCUACAGCCAUGCUAAUAGCGCUGUGAGGCUGUAGCUAAACGCUAACAUCAGCAUGCUAACAUGCUCACAAUGAUAAUGCUAGUAUGCUGAAGUUUAGCAGGUAUGUUUACCAUGUUC